CGAGGUAUGCCGAAAGCAUCUAGCAGUUGAUUGUGGAAUCGUUUUACACAUCAUUACAUCAUGGAAAUAUCUUUUCACGGCAAACGGGCACUCGUGACAGGUGCUGGUAAAGGUAUUGGACGUGAAAUUGCAAAGAAGCUGGUAGAAUGUGGAGCUGAAACGUUUGCCCUCAGUAGGACACAGGCAGACCUGGACUCCUUAAAGUCUGAGGUACCUAGCAUGAAUAUUGUGCAGGCUGAUUUACAAGACUGGGAUGGUUCAAGGAAAAUCGUUGAACAGCUUGGUCCCAUUGACCUUCUUGUCAACAAUGCAGCAGUGGGGAGAGGUUCUCCAUUCCUAGAGGUCAAGAAGGAGGAACUUGAUUUUAUACUUGACGUUAAUUUGAAGGCUGUAGUCAAUGUAUCGCAGGUGUGUGUAAAAGGAAUGAUAGAGAGGGGACAAGGAGGUGCUAUUGUCAACAUGUCAAGCAUAGCUUCCAAAAUGGCUUUAAAAAACCAUACAAGCUAUGGUGCCUCGAAGGCUGCGUUAGACAUGCUCACCAAGGUCAUGUGUCUGGAACUUGGUCCGCACAAGAUAAGAGUAAAUUCUCUGAAUCCGACAGUUGUAUGGACAAAGAUGGGAAAGUCAGGAUGGAGUGACCCGGCUAAGUCUGGGCCCAUGUUGGCAAGAACUCCAUUAAAUAAGUUUGCAGAGUUAGAAGAUGUUGUGAAUGCCACCCUGUUUCUGCUGAGUGACAAGAGUGCAAUGGUCAAUGGUACCGCCAUGUUAUUGGAAGGAGGACUGUGUUGUAGCUAGAAAACCGGCUAUCACACUCACUAAUCAUGAUCUUCUUGGAUGUCAAUCAUUGAUUGACUUGUUUGUAAUAGUUAUUGAUAAUUGAAAUAAAUAAUUCAUCACGUAAAAAUCAGGCUAAGAUGGUAAAUCGUGACAGAAUCGUGUCAUAUUACAUGUGUAUAUGAUUAUAUAUUUUUAUCAUUUCAUUACUAUAUAUUAGGUGUAGUAAUCAUUCCUUUUUCAUUUGUUUUUUCUUAACCUAUAUGCAGUCUUCAAAAUCCAAGGUUCCCAUCAUAUACCUUCACUGCACAUCUCUGUAUUUUGGUAAAACCAAAGACACGUCCAUUUGAUCGGUGCCAGGUGUAAAAAUGAAACAACCAGAAAAGACAGUCCAGGAACUCCUUCUUUAAGAGAUUAUUAAAGUUCAAGUCUGACGGCAUUAAACUUCUCGUAAUGCUGCUGUAUUAUUCAUUGCUAUUGUUAUACAGAACCAGUCAUUAUCUGCAAUGUGGUCUUGUUAGGACUUUUGUAUGUCACAUAAUUAGGGGGGGGGGGGGGGGGGAAAUAACUUAGUGAUCACACUGUAAGUGCUUGAUUUUGAAGAAAUCAUAUUAGCAUAUUUAUCACACUAUUCAACGGUUGCUAGUGAAUUCACCCGUGCAAUAUUUUUUUUUUUAUAUGUCGUCGGUGUAAUAUACCCUGGACAGUUUAUUACUGGAUGCGCCAUUCAAAUAUCGAUUGUGUAGUCAUAAUAUUGAUAAUCACAACAUGUAAAUGUGUUAAUGGCACAACAGAAUGCCUGACUCUGUUUAACCAGUCAAAACAUAGGUUUUCUGAGUUAAGUGAUAAUGAUAUUUUGUAUUUAGAAUAUGUUCACAUCUAUAAAAUGCCUCUGGAAAUGUUAAUGUUGCUAGCAAUAAUGAAAAGACUGGUUUCGUAAAAUCUCAUAUGAAACGAAAACUCAUUAUAUGUAUUUGACAGGUUGUGUCAAUGUCUUGUCAGUCACUUGACCAUUAAAAAUAUAUGUGAUUUAUAUUUAGAGGAAGAGAAAUUAUGCUAUGAUUAUUCAUAGUGCUGUAGCCAAAGGACCAAUAUAAUCUUUCACCCCUAUUGGGGCGAGGUAGGGGGAUCUCAAAAACAAAUCUUUAAAUGUUUGAAGAGUUGUUCAUGUUUUGCAGUCAUGAAUUACAUUCAAUGGUUAAUUUGAGGUAUGAUAGCUCUUUAGAGAAAUUAAUGCUAUGCUUUCUGUCAAACAGAAAUGUACUCGCCUACAAAGUGAAAUCUUUACCCAUAGUCAUGUAUAUUUUUAUGUAGCUUUCUCAUUUAAUGUUUUAUAUUAUAAUCCUUAUGUCACUUUAAAAACACCCGUAAUGCAUUGAAUUCAAAGUAAGACUCGCUGUUUUAGAAUCCAAGAUCUCUAGAACCGUGAUGUUCCCACUUUAAAGAUAGAAGAUCUUCGAGAUUAUUGUAUAACUAAAUAAAAUAAUUUCUAAAAAUGAAA